GAACAACACAACCCUACAAUUUGCUUAUUGUAAUAGAAAGUUCGGAUCUCCUUGACGAGACAGGGUAGAAAAGUACGAUAAAGUGGACAUGGAAAAAUCUCCGCUGAUUAUCGAACAUGAUACGUCAAGCUUGAGUGGGCGCGGAAAGUCCGCAAAUCCGCACAUGGCAGUAGGUUCCAGCGCAGAGCAAUCUAGAGUAACUCAAAGCGAUACCCCAAUACUUGCAGAGUCAAAAUCUAUAAAAUGCGUCUCCUGUCCUAAGGUAUAGAAUUACAACCACACUCUUCUGCCCUUCGCUACAAUCUAAACCGUUCGCAUAGCAACAAACGAUGUCCGCUCAAUUCCAAACUCUCGCUGAAUGGGUGACAGAGCUCAAUGAUGCUCUGUACAUCCAACCAAAUGCCGAAAUCGCUCUCAAAGCUGUCCAUGAGCAAGUUGAUUCAAGCUUAGUAAUUAAAAUCAACCACAAUACCUACACGUAUGACCAAUUUGAGCCUGGUCUUCAAUACUUCCGUAGUUCUGGUACAACGAUUCAAGACACCUUCUCUGUACUUCUCCAAUGGGAGAACCCAGAUAAACCGGACGGCGUGGUGGCAGUUCUUAGUAAAACCACGUCUACGGAGAAUGCAACGGGCAAGGUGACUAAAAAAACCAACAUGAUUCUCUGGGAGGUUAAGUGGAUUGAUGGAAAGAGGAAGCUUACAGGGCAAACGGAGGUAGAGACUGAAUGAGAACCAAGUCCGGAAGGCUGCCAUAUGUAAAGGCUGGUGCUGCCUCAGUAAGAUCACACGAGUUAGCCCAGGGAGAGAUAUGUUGAGAAAUAUUUGAAUAUAAGAUGCGUACGCAUCAGAUAUCAUUCCAGUCCUUUUACGCAUUUCAUGCAGCGUAUUCCAUUGUUUGUUUGGUCAGAGUUUCUUAUACUUCAGAAAGUCAUUUAGUUAGAUUAAAAAACAUCACGUAGAAUCAAUCAAUUACCUUCUACUCA